AUGGAGGAAAGCGUGUGCUGCUGCGGUGCUGACCCAGGAGUUCAUCAUCAAACCACCUUCACUCAACUUGUUCGCCUGAAAAUGAAAGACCGCCAGCGAAUGGUUCCGAUUUCCGUCGUGGUGCUCCUCCUCCUCACCUCAGCAGCCGUGGCUCUGCUGCUCAUGUUUGGGGUAAGUAGUUGCGACCAUUCUCCGGACGGACAGCUUAGGAAGCAGCCUGACAGUCAUUCAUCAGGCAUCAACCUCAAACAGCAGCAAAUCAUAAAUGUCAUGAAUCCAUGUGCCAUGCUAACAGUUGGCAGUAACAUAAAUGGGAAAUGCCUUAAAUGGGAGAGUGAAUUGGGAGUUGCCCACUGUCAUGGAGGUUUCAACUACUACGAUGGGAAUCUUGUGGUGCCCAGAGACGGCAUCUACAGAGUCUUUCUGCAGAUCACCUAUGAGAGCUUGGAUUUGUGCCUCGAUGACCUGAGACUUUCUAGCAAUGUGCUUUUUCUUGGGGAUAGUUACAAUGAAAGUAUGCCUUUGCUGUCAUCAGUCGACACAGUGAGUUGUAGCAUGAAGCAAUGGCGUAAAUCCAUCUAUACGGCUGGCUUGUUUAAGCUGGAGGCUAACGACAGACUAUAUGUGACAUCAUCGAACCCUAAUCUUAUUGUACAAGAUGAACACUUGGUGUUCUUCGGUGCUGAACGUCUAGCUCAGUAAUCUGCUCAUGCAGCUAGAACCAUCUAAAGGAAUCUUUAGUUUGUCUGCACCAUCCGCUCCAUAAAAACCUCAGAAAACCAGUGAAGUUAUGGUUUUCCUUAA